AUGAAAUCCAGACCGGCAUUUCAACUAAAAACCUACAUCGUUAUCUACAAUAUAUUCCAAGUACUUUGCUGCAUCUACCUAGUUCAUAAGAUUAUUGUAAUCAAUUUACCAACUUUAACAUUUUGGGAAUGUGCAUACUUUCAACCGGGAAGUAUCGAAGAAAAAGACUUCAAUCACAUCAGUAUUUUUACAUUUUGGCUAAAAGUCAGUGAAUUAAGUGAAACAAUUGUUUUCGUAUUGCGAAAGAAGCAGCGUCAAGUUUCAUUUUUACACGUCUUUCAUCAUUGUGCUACACUAUUUCUCGUUUACCAACUUUCAAGAACCUAUAAAGGUAGUUCAGCUCUUUAUCCACUUUUUCUCAAUUGCAACGUCCACAUCAUCAUGUAUUGUUAUUAUUUAAUGGCUGCAAUUCUCCCAGAUAAAAUUGUUGCCAGACUCACUCCGUUUAAAAAGGCCAUUACCACGAUACAAAUGAUCCAAUUUGCCAUGAUACUGCUACAAGUUGUUGUGGCUUUGAGUCGUGGUUGCAAAGUUCCACCAGUUAUCUUAUCAAUUUAUGUGCUUAUUAUAUCGGCAUUUUUCUAUAUGUUUUAUGAUUUUUACAAAAAGAAUUAUUCGCCAAAAAAACUUUCACCUCAAGAGAAAGAGGAAUAAAAUGAAUUAAGAAAAAAAUAAAACAAUAUUUAUUAAGUUCUUUUAGAAAAUUUCACUUUAUAAUGUAAGAAUAUUUUUUAUUGAUACAUUUUUAAAAUACAAAUUUUAUAGCCAUAUUUUAUACUAAAAAAAAAUAAAUAAUCGAAAUAAAUA